AUGAACUCGUUCUUCAAGCAGCAACAGUCGAAGGCAGCACAGAAGAAGGAGCAGGAGGACACACAACACCAGCCAUGGGUCGAGAAAUACCGACCCAAAACCAUUGAAGAUGUGUCUGCACAAGAGCACACCGUCGCCGUCCUCCGAAAGACCCUCACCUCCACAAAUCUUCCGCACAUGCUCUUCUACGGCCCACCAGGGACCGGAAAGACAUCCACCAUCCUCGCCCUUGCCAGACAACUCUUCGGCCCUGAGAACUUUCGAUCCCGCGUGCUCGAGCUGAACGCGUCUGACGAGCGCGGUAUCUCCAUCGUCCGCGAGAAAAUCAAGAACUUCGCGCGCCAGACGCCCCGCGCGCAGGCCGUUUCAGCAGACGGCACCGUCUAUCCAUGUCCUCCGUACAAAAUCAUCAUCCUCGACGAGGCCGACUCCAUGACACAGGAUGCUCAGGCCGCGCUCCGGCGUAUCAUGGAGCUUUACGCCCGCAUAACGCGGUUCUGUCUCGUCUGCAACUAUGUGACAAGGAUAAUCGAGCCACUAGCCUCCCGCUGCUCCAAAUUCCGCUUCAAGCCGCUCGACCCCGCCUCCACCUCCGCGCGCAUCGCGCAAGUCGCGUCCGCCGAGAAUGUCCCCGUCACCCCCGAGACCGUCGACGCGCUCAUUAGCACCUCACAAGGUGAUCUGCGCCGCGCAAUCACCUACCUACAGUCCGCGUCGCGCCUCGCGCUCGCGAGCACGCCGCCCACGUCCAUCACCGCGCGCGACGUGCAGGAGAUUGCGGGGGUCGUGCCCGACGCGGUCAUCGAGGGCUUCGCCGCGGCGCUUGGGGUGGAGCGUAUGGGCGGGGACGGGAUGGACGUGGAUCUGGAGGUGGACGAGAAGGGGGAGUUCAAGGCGAAGGGCUUCGAUGGGGUGCGGGCGAAGGUGAGGGAGAUCAUUAGGGAAGGGUACUCUGCUUCGCAAAUCAUCUCACAGCUACAUGACUACGUGAUCAUGCACCCUACGCUUUCUGCACGUCAGAAGUCCCGCGCUGCACUCGUCUUCGCCGAGGCGGACAAGGCGCUGUGCGACGGCGCAGACGAGGAGUUGUGGAUCCUCGAGGUGGGCCUGCGCAUACACCGCGCCAUGUCAUUGCCGUAGCCGUUCCGUCAUCUUCUGUAGCACUAGCACUUGUUUCGAAGCAUAUCGUGUCGUUUCGCUUUCGAAUUCACACAUAUU